AUGACAUUCUUCCUCUCUUUCUCAACCAAAAGCCGUUGCCUACACUUCAACGAAACCACUUCAAUAAUUGAUUACCUGAAUUCCGACUUGCAGUUCUCCAGAACCCAAUCCCUUUAUGUCUCCAAACGUGUUUCAGGGUGCAGAUUCCCUCAAAACCCCUUAUCAGUGCUCACUUUCUUCAAAAUAAUAGGCUUUUCCCAAAGCCAGAUUCUCUCCCUGAUUCGUCAAAGACCCCAGAUAUUGUUUACAAACGUUGAGAAAAUCUUGAGACCCAAAAUUCAGCUCUUUCAGAUGUCUGGAUUCCAGGGUUACGAGUUAUGCAGCUUCAUUUCAAAGAAUCCCUCCAUUUUGACUCAUAGCUUGAAGAAAACAUUGGUCCCCUCAGUUGAAGCUAUUAGGAAAAUUGUCUAUGACCAGAAAGAUUUUAUUCUUGUUUUGCACAGAUGUGGCUGGAUACUCCCAAAGUACAAAAGAAUUAUGGAGAAUGUCGUCUUCUUGGUGAGUUGUGGCAUUCUUGGGACUCAUCUUUCAUUGCUACUCAAACUUCAUCCAAGGCUUUUCGUUGCACAGCGGUCUACUAUUGAAAACAAUGUUUCUCGAGCUGUAGACUUGGGUUUCCUUGAAAAUUCAAGAAUGCUUGUCCAUGCAAUUCAUACAUUAAGUUGUUUGAGCGAUAAAACAUUUGAGAGAAAGUUGAAACUAAUUAAUUGUUUUGGUUUUUCGAAGGAUGAGGGCCUACAAAUGUUCAAGAGAACCCCGACUUUGUUUAGAACAUCAGAGAAGAAGUUGAAAAUUGGAAUGAAAUUCUUCUUGCAUACAGUUAAGCUGCCCAAGUCAGUCCUUAUUCACCAGCCUAAGAUUUUAAUGUACAGCAUGGAGGAUCGCGUGCUUCCUCGAUAUAAAGUCUUCCAACUGUUGAAAUCAAAAAAUCUCUGCAAGAAAGUCCCCAGUUAUAUUCAUGUGUUCUGCUUGUCUGAGGAGAUGUUCUUGGACAAGUAUAUAUCACAGUUCAGAGAAAAUGCAGAGGAGUUAUUAGUAGCAUACAAGGGUCAUUUUCUGGAGGCAUAA